AAGAUGUUCCCGCGGCCGAGCGGCCGAGCGACGCACAUGAACUUGCAAUCGGGCGCAAACCGCGCGCGGUCGCGUGUGGGCUUGCCGUUCAAGUCCCCCGCGGUCUGGUUGAACUCGAAGCAGCACCUACACACGCACGGGAUCUUCCCCUCGGCGGAGCACGGCUCGAGCUCGCCCCCGCAGUUCACCGUCGGGUUCGAGACCCCGCUCGUGUCUGGGGUGCACGAUCCCCCGCUCUCGACCCGGACGAACGCAGGGGUGCUUCCGUGCACGGCCUCCCCAAAUCGCUCCCCGCGUACGCCGCCCUUUCCGUCCUCCGCGCACUCGCACUCACGUGUGGCCACCGGGGAGAGCGGGUCCGGAUCCGGGAGCGCAGGCGACGGCUCGGACUCGGAGGACAAGUACUUCGUGGUGUCGUGCCUGCUGCUGCCCGUGCCGCUCCCCGCGGUCGCGUCGGCGAAGUGGGACCUGGACCCAGACGCGUAUGAGGAGCGGAACUCGGACGUGCAGGCCUGA